AUGGAUGAGUGUGGCUGGAAAGAAAUGGAGGUUGCCCUGGUCAAUUUUGAUAACUCAGAUGAAAUCCAGGAAGAGCCAGGCUAUGCCACAGACUUUGACCUAACCACCCCAAAAGGCCAGCCUGGGAGCAGCUCCUUCUCCAACUGCAAUAUCCUCAUCAACGACAGCACCAACCAUGAGACGGCCUUCUCCAAGCUCGCAGGAGAAGACUACAUCGAUCCCCCAGGGCCUGAGGCAGUGGUCUUGAAUGAAGGAAACCAGCGGGUGAUCAUCAACAUUGCUGGGCUAAGGUUCGAGACCCAGCUCAGAACACUCAAUCAGUUCCCAGAGACCCUCCUGGGAGACCGGGAGAAAAGGAUGCAGUUCUUUGACUCCAUGAGAAAUGAGUAUUUCUUUGACAGGAACCGGCCCAGUUUUGAUGGAAUCCUAUAUUAUUACCAGUCUGGUGGGAAAAUCCGGCGCCCGGCCAAUGUCCCUAUCAACAUCUUUGCUGAUGAGAUCUCCUUCUAUGAACUGGGCAGUGAGGCCAUGGACCAGUUCCGAGAGGAUGAAGGCUUCAUCAAAGAUCCCGAAACAUUGCUCCCCACCAACGACAUCCACCGGCAGUUAUGGCUCCUCUUCGAGUACCCUGAGAGCUCCAUCGCUGCCCGAGGUGUGGCCACGGUCUCUGUCUUGGUCGUGGUCAUCUCCAUCACCAUCUUCUGCCUGGAGACACUUCCCGAGUUCCGAGACGAUAGGGAGCUGAAGGUGGUGAGAGACCCCAGCCUCAACAUGAGCAAGACAGUCCUCUCCCACACCAUGUUCACCGACCCUUUCUUCAUGGUGGAGUCCACCUGCAUCGUGUGGUUCACCUUCGAACUGGUGCUCCGCUUCGUGGUCUGCCCCAGCAAGACCGACUUCUUCAGGAACAUCAUAAACAUCAUCGAUAUCAUCUCCAUCAUCCCCUACUUUGCAACCCUCAUCACGGAGCUGGUCCAGGAGACAGAGCCGAGCGCCCAGCAGAACAUAUGCAUGGACAUCCUGAGGAUCAUCCGCCUGGUGAGGGUCUUCCGCAUCUUCAAGCUCUCCCGCCACUCCAAGGGGCUGCAGAUCCUGGGGCAGACGCUGAAGGCUUCCAUGCGGGAGUUGGGGCUGCUCAUCUUCUUCCUCUUCAUUGGCGUCAUCCUCUUCUCCAGUGCAGUCUACUUUGCUGAGGUGGACGAGCCAGAGUCCCAUUUCUCUAGCAUUCCUGAUGGCUUCUGGUGGGCGGUGGUCACCAUGACAACUGUGGGCUAUGGGGACAUGUGCCCAACCACCCCAGGGGGGAAAAUUGUGGGUAUUCUGUGCGCCAUCGCAGGGGUCCUCACCAUUGCCCUCCCUGUUCCUGUCAUUGUCUCCAACUUUAACUACUUUUACCAUCGGGAGACUGAGAAUGAAGAGAAGCAGAGCAUCCCAGGAAAAAUCGACAAACACCUCAACAGUGUGGGCUCAAGCACGGGUAGCACAGACUCUCUUAGUAAGACCAACAGUGGCUGCUCCGCAGAGAAGUCUAGGGAGUGA